AUGGCUGGUCCAUAUCUUUCUCCUUUACCGGGAGAUUUGUUGACUGAGUACAUGUUUGGUCGGCGGCGUCAGCGCAGGAACCGCACCACCUUUACACCGCAGCAACUGAGUGAGCUGGAGUCACUGUUCCAGAAGACACAUUACCCUGAUGUCUUUCUGAGGGAGGAGGUAGCGCUGAGGAUCAGUCUGUCGGAGGCUAGGGUGCAGGUGUGGUUCCAGAACCGUCGCGCGAAGUGGAGGAAGCAGGCCCGGCUUCAACUCCUGCAGGACGCUUGGAGGAUGAGGUGCCUCGGCCUGGGAUCUCCGCCGCUGUCGCUUCAAGGGCAUGCUAAACCACCGGAUUCUUCACCCGAGGCUCCUGAUUCACCAACCGAAAAAGAUUCACCAGAGCCUCCGCAGAUGGAAACCAGAGAUCUCAAAUCGCCGAGACAUGACCCAUACAUGCACAACGGAGUCAAUGAACCUCAUCCACCAAUUCCAACUCCGACACAUGAAAUCCCUCCUCCCAUUUAUAAUUCUGAAGAUAACAGGAUGCUGCAACAGCCUUUCCCAUUCCCACCAAUUCUAAUGCCACCCCAAAUGGAUAAUUCCGAAGUAGCACCUACUGAUCUAAGAGUCAUAUCUAAAAACCCGUGUGCUUGCGCCACUUCUGUUCAAAAUAUGGAUGAACCGCAAAACCUGGCUUACCGAAGACAAGAAAAGGAGAGCGAUAGUGAAAGCGAUACAGAAAUUGACCUUACGUCUCACUCUUCCAAAGAUGAUGAUUUAAGGGAUUCGGAAAGACUUGCUAGUAGAAUAGCCACAAGCAUUUUUAGAAGUGACACUGUGUUAAAUGAGUUAGUUCCAAAUGACCUAAGUUUAGGUUCUGGGAGAAAUUCUGGUGAAAAUAGAAACAUUAACAGAAGCAACAUAUCGAUGUAA